ACUUUACAAGCAAGAAGGCGGUGCAUGAGCCAGCAGUCGAGUCAGCAAUUGCCCUUGCACCAGCACACGGGACAUCAAAACAGGAAUCGCCAGAAUCCAAGGAGCAGCCAGCAGUCAGUCAGCGCACCAAGGACGUGAAGAGUAAUGGUGUCUCGCGCCCUACUACAGCAGCACAGCGCAGGACCGAGCCGGGGGCAGUCAUGGCGCAAGGAUGGACGUGAUAAUCGGAGCGUGGGGCAACUGGCGGUCAGGCCAUGCACAGAAGGACGCUGUUUAAUUCGCCACAAGUAUACCAGCCGAAGCAUGCAGCAGCAGCAAACAGCUGGAAUCUUCCUGUACCAACUCCGGUCAUGGCCGGCAGCAGAAGGUGUUGCUCGGGAUGACAGUAAACCGCAGCAGCACAACAGCUUUGAACGAGGCAAGCAUGAGCCGAUGUCAAAGGCCAAGAUGGCAAGUAGCUGGCGCUCCAUACCUAAUAAGGAGUCGCUACAGCACACUGCUAGCAGUGCAUCGGCAGCACUGGCACCCUGCCAGCUAUGCCAGCUGCCAAGUCUGCCGCUAGCCAACACCAGUACUGCCAGGCAGCCGACGCCGCUGCUGCGUAUACGGUUCCAGCAGCUAGCGCACACCCGACGCAAGGAGGAGGACACAGUGAGUACCAUAUGCCCGACCGGCGCCAGACGAUAUCAACGAUCCCAGCACGAGCGGAAUCGCGUCAGAGAGAUCAACCGGCUUGACUCCGCCGCCCCAGCCGCUAUUGCCUCAUACCAUGCUGGCUGAUAUUUUGGCGAUGGCGACCAGUCGGCCUGUAUUAGCAGCACUCCUCGAUCCAGCGCAUCUGUCGGUGGUAGCGGAGCGGUGGGCAAGAUUAUACCAGUGCACGAUUCGUCGCGAGAGGCACCAAACCUUUCAAAGUCGCAGCACCAGCAGCUUCGGAGCGAAUCAGACAUGAGCACCAG